GCGGCACCUGAUUGGCCAGCACUUCGAGCGGGCGGGCCGACUGCCAAUGCGGUUUGGUUGCAGUGGUACCGGCUACAUAGGCUCGGGUACGGCGUGUCCUUGGGCUCAGACAGCGAGCGUGGGACAGAGACAAUAGCGGUCGGAGAAGGCCAGCAGCAUUGAAAAUGGGAGACAUUGAAAAGGGCAAGAAGAUCUUUGUUCAGAAAUGUGCGCAGUGCCACACAGUUGAAAAGGGAGGCAAGCACAAGACUGGACCCAACCUGAAUGGCCUAAUUGGACGGAAGACUGGCCAAGCUGAGGGCUUCUCUUACACAGAAGCAAACAAGAACAAAGGAAUCACCUGGGGUGAGGAAACACUGAUGGAGUACUUGGAAAAUCCGAAGAAGUACAUCCCAGGAACAAAGAUGAUUUUUGCUGGCAUUAAGAAGAAGACUGAGAGGGCAGACUUGAUAGCAUAUCUCAAAGAUGCCACUUCUAAGUAAUAGUUAUCUGCUGCCUUAUUUAUUUCACAACAGAAAAGGAAAUGAGUGUUUCUGUGAUGAGAUUGGUUUUUAAAUUUUUUCUAUUUUUACAUGCACUAUAUUAAACCUCUUAAAAUCUGUCUCAUCAGCUAGAGAAUGUUGCUUAUGGAUGGUUGUUAAAGAAUACAUUUGUUUGGCAGUCGUAGCUUCUGGGAAUACAUUUAAAUUGGAUUGGGCUUGAAUGAGUACAAUCAUGUUCUAUGUUUUGUAGUCAUUCCUGAUCAUGCAAUUAAAAAAAGAAAAGUUUUUGUGCUUCCUUCAUUCUAAAGAGUAUAACCAGAUAUUGGUCAAUAGUAUGGUGGUUCUGACAGAGGUCAGCACUUCAAAAAAGAGAAGAGCAGUUUCUUGGCAUUCCCCACGCAUCCUCUUCUCCAUUAUGUCUCUUCCCACCAAGAAGAUCAAACAAGGGAAUUAAUUUGACUACACUACUUAAUAGAGCUAUAUCACUGAGUAGAGGGACAUUUGUUUUUCGUGAGAACUAGCAAUGCAGCUUUUUUUUAUUUCAUAGCCUGACAGUCAAACUGGGCAAAGUCCCAGCUACUUUGAUAGUGUCCGCUAUCGGAAAGCCUUACCUGGCUUAUGCAAAUUAUUCUGAUUUCAUUCUGCAUGAUACAACGCAUGCCCUGUCAUCAAAAAUUUCUUCAUAAUGAUUGAAAUGCUCUGCUUCAUAGGAACUUUUUAAAGGGACAGUUAACUUAAAACUGCUCAGAGCCUAGUGACUGUCCUAGAUGUUAAAUAUCUAUUAUGGCUCCUGAAAGAAGGACCCACCCUGUUGUGAAAAGGUUAUUAACAAGUGCUCUGGGAGUUAGCAAGGUACAAUGUAAAAACUGUGCUUGCAUCUGUGAGCAAGGACUCUUAUCUAGCUAAUAUUUCUCAUUAGUACCUCUAAUCAAUUGGAUAGAGGCAAUUUCUGUUCAACAGGUGCUGGAAUUGCACUUGCAGUAUUGAAGAAGGAAAUGAAGACUUCCUCUCUGCCUCACUUUAGCAAAUGCUGUUUGCUCACUUCUGAAAACUUGAUUUUGCACAGUGUAAAAUGGAAUUUUUAAAAGGUUCAACUGUUUUCUCCAUAGACAAAACGGAAUUGUUAGGAUAAAUGUAUUUAUUGUGUACCACCCACUCAGACACAUGAUGAGGUUGUGUGCUUGAUACUAUAAAUUAAAAAACCUUCCCAGCAGAAUA